AUGGGGGAUUUCAACCUAGCGCUCGUGAUCGUCGCCAUUAUCGUGUGCGUACUGGUCUUUGUCUUCAAUGUCUACCUUCUUGUCAACUACCAACACCCCGACGACGCCAACCAGGCCUAUUUCCCCAAAUUCGUCGUCGUUCUGGGCCUCUCCGUUGCCGCAAUCUCUAUUUUGAUGUUGCCGGCCGAUGUUGCCAAUCGGCAGGCUUGUCAACACGCGAUUUAUAAUGGCGCGUGUAAUCUCACACUCCCGAUGAAGGAUCUCUGGCUUGCUAUCUACAUUCUCGACGCUGUUCUCGUCUUCUUCAUUAUCCCUUUCGCUAUGUUCUACUACGAAGGCGACCAGGACAAGAGUGUUGGCAAACGGAUUAAAAGCGCAUUGUUGUGGGUGAUAACUACGGCAAUUGUUUGUGGUCUAGUGCUCGGCAUUCUAUAUGGACUUGUUGGAAAGGUGGAUUUCACUGUUAGGCACCUCUCAUCAGCCACCACUGCCUUCCCAAGUACAUGGGGCUUCUCUAGCAGUCAACAAUGUAUUGGCGGUAGCAGUGCACACCAGUGUUCUGCAUAUAUUGCUAGUGCUUCAUCGGAAACUACAUGGACAAUGCGCUCUACAUUCCCAGAAUAUGUUGUUGCAUUGGCUACAAUUGUCGGAUCAGUACUGUUCGCUAUAUUUGGUGGUGUUGGCAUUGCUUGUCUGCCGUUGGGACUUAUAUUUUCAUUUAUUAGGCGUCCAAAGGCUGUUAUCACUCGGUCACAAUAUAUCAAGGAGGCAACCGAACUUGGUAAAAAAGCAAGAGAAUUAAAGAAAGCAGCUGAUGCACUCCAUCAGGAAGAAAGGGGUGGGAACAAGGGAAGAAAAUGGCGUAAAAAUGUGAAGGCAGUGGAAAAGGUACAUUUUGAUUUUGGUAAAUAA